CCAUCGGACGCUCCCGUACAGAACACUAGGAUAGUUAUUCAGUGUGUUUAUAGAGUUCAUUUACACGUGCUACGAAAACAUUAAAUCGUCUGAAACAUGCCACCGAAGACCGCUGGUAUAGCCAUGAAGAAGUCAGGGAAGGCCCAGAAGAACAUCAACAUGAGCAAGUCCGACGGCGGCAAGAAACGGAAGAAGAGGAAGGAAAGCUACGCGAUUUACAUUUACAAGGUGCUCAAACAAGUGCAUCCGGACACGGGUAUAUCGAGCCGUGCGAUGAGCAUCAUGAACAGUUUCGUGAACGAUAUAUUCGAGCGUAUCGCGGCCGAGGCGUCCAGAUUGUCGCACUACAACAAACGGAGCACAAUCACGUCGAGGGAAGUACAGACCGCGGUUCGACUCUUAUUGCCCGGGGAACUUGCCAAACACGCGGUCAGCGAAGGCACCAAAGCGGUCACCAAGUACACCAGCUCGAAAUAAAGAUUCACAAUGUGCAUAUCGAAUACGUUAUACGGGGGAAGGAGGGGUGGACACAGCUUGCUUAUUUUCAGGCGACAGACAAAAGGCCCUUUUCAGGGCCA